CCCCGGGGCGGUGCGAGCGGCGGCGGCGGCGGCCAUGGCCGGGGGGCGGCGGGCGCCGGGCGCGCUGGCGGAGCCGCGGCGGCUGAUGCGCUCGGGGCUGGGGCUGAUCGUGCUGGGCCACGGCAGCCUCGUGCUGGGCGCCAUCGUGCACGGCUCGGUGCUGCGGCACGUGGCCGGCGCCCGCCGCGCCGUCACCCCCGAGUACGCGGCGGCCAACGUGGUGUCGGUGUGCUCGGGGCUGCUGAGCAUCGCCGCGGGCAUCGUCGCCAUCCUGGUGUCGCACAACCUGUCCCGGGCGGUCCUGCACUGGACCCUGCUGGGCGUCUCUCUGCUGAACUGCCUGCUGUCCACCGCGUGCAGCGUGGGGCUGGCGCUGGCCUUUGCCCUCACCGUGCACAGCCGGGGCACGCACCUGGUCCGGGGCUGCAACAGCUCUGCGCUGCCUGUGGAUGCCCGUGCAGCCAUUGCGACUAACGACUGUCCCUUCAACACCACGCGCAUCUACGACACGGCGCUGGCCCUCUGGUUCUCCUCCCUGCUGCUGGCAGCUGUGGAAGCCGUGCUCUCGGGCAGGUGCUGUUUGGUGGCUCUGGUCUUCCAGGGCAUCGGGCCCUGUGCACACAGCUACAGCAAAGAGCAGCUGACCAGGCCAAGUACAGCAAUGGAGAAGCCCCUCCGUGAGAGGCAGCAGCUCCUAGCAGGACUUGCUGAGUCUCCUGCGUAGAUGGAGAGGUGGUGCUGCAGGAGCGCUGUGAUCCAGCAAGGCUGGGGCCAAGGUGGUGUCACACCUCCUGCAGCGGGCUGCAGCGGUGAAGGGUGUGCUUUGCCCCCUGCCCCCUGCUCCACCACCCCCCCUGGCACAGACCCUGCUGCUCAGCAGGUGCUGUGGGCCCCAGAUGCUCUCCCAUCCUUGCCCCAAGCUGGGGCCCUUCCUGCUGUGCUGAAGGCUGUUGGUUUCUGUCAGCAGUGAUGGGGGUGGGCAGAGGUGCUGGGGCCCAAGUCCUGGUGCCAUUGCAGGCAUGGCAGCUGGCUGUGCCUGUGCUCAGACAUGUCAGGGAACAGAAGGGGAAGAAUCCUUUUCGUGUAGAUCUCUAGUUUUCUUGAAUAAAUGAACUUUUCCUUUCUA